AUGUGCAGACUCGAAAGUGUGAAUUCGACACUCGAAAUUGAUGGGUGCAUCCAAGGCGAGACAGGUUGUGGCAAGUCAACUCGUGUACCAGUGUACGUGAUGGAGGAGUACUUCGAAAAGCGAAGAGCUGGUAAGAUUUCGAAGGAGGACAAGUUCAUGGUGCUCUGCACCCAGCCGAGGCCUGCUUCUGCUCAAAAUAGAUGGAGCAUCAUUAUGUUUGCUGCUGUCCAAUCGUUCUCGCAAAGUAUAGCAGAAGCGGGCAUGGCGGUCGUGCCAGCUGGGUGCUCAUUUGGCUCAGCCUCUGGCUGGCCACGGCAGCUGGGGUUUCUCCGAAGCUCAUUCAGACCCUUGGGCAUUGCAGGAGUUGGCUUGAUGAGAUGGGGACGUGACUUCGGGACCGGCACCUCCCAUCCCUCUGUGCCUCCUCGCCGCCCAGCACCACCUCCAUCAUCUACACCGUCGCCACUACCCCAAUCACUGAUACCCACAGCCCCUCCAGCUGGUUUAGGCAAAACCCCUGUCCCAUCCUAUCUGCGUGCAGCCCUGCACCGUGAAGUCGCAUCUCACGCUGCUGCACAAAGACCUCAAGCAAUCUUCGAAACACUCUGGCGGUAUGUGGACAGGUUCCAGCCGGAACUGAUGGAUUUGGAUGCAUGCUUGCACUCUUUGGUUAAGUGCAACACUGAGUCUUGGAGCUGGCAGAAGUUUGCGAGAAAGGCAAAAGGCAAGGUGGUCCUUCACAAUGAAGACCUGUUGCGCUUACUUUCGCAUUUGGAGCGGGAAUUACUCCAUGAACAUGGGAAUGGCAGCGACAUCACGCGGUAUCUUGCAACCUCUGCUUGGGCGCUUGCGAGCCUCUCACGCUGGCAGCCGGCGGUGAGUCGAGAGGCUUUGCAACAGAUGCGGCCCAUCUUCGCAAUGAUCGAGGACUUGGCCAAGCCAUUACUCCCUAACUUCACGCUCAGCAACCUGUCCAUGCUAGCUUGGGGAUUUGCCCGGUCUGGCCUGGGGACAAAAGAGCUGUUCGACAGCUUCGGCCAUGCAGCUCUGGUUCGACAGCAUCAGCUGAGCGCUCGGGACUUGGCCAAUUUGACCUGGUCCUUCGCAGCAGCGAAGCUGUCGCACGAUCUCCUGAAGCAGGUUCCAGCGUUGGUCCUUGAGGACUCGCGUGGUGUGGCAGCGUUCGAAGAGCAGGACUUGUCCGCACUGGCCUGGGGUUUGGCAACCCUGCGCCUUCGUGAAGAAGAACUCCUGCAAGCUUUGGGCGAGGAGGUGAGGGUUAAGCUUGCGAGCUUCACCGUCCCAGGCCUGAUCUGUACAACGUGGGCCUUCGCCAGUCUACGUGUCAAGGCACCUUUCUUGCGCGAGGCUCUGGACCAGUUGCGUCAUUCGGGCAGGUUGGAGCCUCGGGGGUGCUCGAUGAUGCUUUGGCUCUUCUACUACCUCAUGGCCGACACGGUCAUUUUGCCUCGUGCACGGGACUUUGAGGCGCAGGAUGUUUCCAACUGCCUCUGGGCUUUCGCCACCGCCCGUGUCCAGCACGAGGCUGUGUUCCAGGCUUUGGUUUCCCAGGCCACGCAGAGCGUCCACAGAUUCACAUCGCAGGCCUUGGCCAACACGACCUGGGCUUGUGCCAAGAUGCAUGCUCGGGAGGCCAAAGCCAUGGUUGAGGUUGCAGCAGAUGAGGCUCUUCGUCGUCCCCAACGAACGUGGUCGUCACAGGGACUGGUGACAUUGUGCUGGGCGUCAGCGGAGGUGCAGGUAGCACCUGCUCGGCUGCUGACCUCCGUCACAGAGGAGUUGCACAGCAGGCCCAACGCAUUCAACGAUGUUGACCUGGCAACGCUGGUCUUCACUCUGAAGGAGGAACUCUGGCAAGAACAUCAGCACGUCAGGCAGGCCUGCCUCCUCCGAAUUCGAGCAGAGACCGCCAGGAGGCAUUUGCCGGCCACUUCUGGGAUGUUGAGGGCGCCCCCGCACGGAAGGUCGCUGCCGAGCAUGCCCGAUCCAAUGAAAAAGUCUUUGACCGGCGUGUGGCGCAUUGCUUGCAUCUCCCUGGCGAAUCGGGUGGCCUCCUGCAUCAAGGACUUGGUCGCAGUCCCCACACUGCCAAUCCGGCUGUUCUUGGAGGGUGUGCAUGAUAUGCGCAUUUCGCAUGGCGAGACUUUCCGGUUCAUGCCCCGUCAACUACUAUUGGUGUUGCCGCUGCCCCUGCUGCUGCAACGCAGUUCUUCUGAGUUUCAGGCAUUUCUUUGGCCAGGCAUGUCAAGUGGCAUGUCAAGGGGCUUGUCAUGGCCGAUGAAAGGAGAAGCAAUGCCAUUGACUACUUUAAGCCUUUAA